GGCCUCUCUCCUUAAACCCCUCUCUUCUUCACACCAAUGCGUUUCGCACUUUUAAACACUCUCCGGUCUUCAUCUCCAUCAUCUUCCGGUUAAACCCUACCCACUCAUAAGCACAAACUCACAGACACAACGCCAGCAAGAAAACUCCCCAAAUUCGAGCAGAAUGGCCCCCGUGAUAAGCCGGACUUUGGCUUCCGUUACGGCGCUGCCAUCUCCGCCGUCGUUUGCCCAGAAGUCUCCGAGUGCCAAUAGGGUGGCCUUGAGAGGCGCUUUCUUACCCAGAAAUGGAAACAAGAACAAGGGAGCGUCUAGCUCCGGGCUGAAGUGGAAGAUCGGGAGGAGAGAUAGCGUAACGGUUGUGAGGUGUGAAGCAUCGGCCGUGGCUGAAAUGGAAGCUCCCGAGAUUUCUGGGGAGACCCAUGAGUACCAGGCUGAGGUUAGCCGCUUGAUGGACUUGAUAGUUCACAGUCUUUACAGCCACAAAGAAGUCUUUCUUCGCGAACUUGUCAGUAAUGCAAGUGAUGCACUUGACAAGCUAAGGUUUUUGAGUGUGACUGAUCCUUCUCUACUUGGUGAUGCUGCUGAGCUUGAGAUUCGCAUUAAACCCGACCCUGACAAUGGGACCAUCAGCAUAAUUGAUACUGGAAUAGGGAUGACUAAGGAAGAGCUAAUUGACUGUCUUGGAACCAUCGCACAAAGUGGUACUAAGAAGUUUUUGACUGCUCUCAAGGAGAAUAAGGACCUUGCAUCAAAUAAUGGAUUGAUUGGUCAAUUUGGUGUUGGAUUUUAUUCUGCUUUCUUGGUUGCUCAAAAGGUUGUUGUUUCCACAAAGAGCCCUAGGUCAGACAAGCAAUAUGUUUGGGAAUCUGUUGCUGACAGCAGCUCAUACACCAUCAAGGAAGAAACUGACCCUGAAAAGCUCCUAACUAGGGGGACACAAAUUACUCUUUAUCUGAGGGAAGAUGACAAGUAUGAGUUCUCAGAUCCAAAAAAGAUCCUAGAUUUGGUGAAGACUUACUCACAAUUUGUUUCAUUCCCCAUCUACACUUGGCAAGAGAAGUCAAGAAUUGUUGAUGUGGAAGAAGAGGAAUCAAAAGAGGGAGAAGAAAAGACUGAUGAAGAGAAGAAAAAGGCCCAAAAGACCAAAUCAGAGAAAUAUUGGGACUGGGAACUAACAAAUGACACUAAGCCAAUAUGGAUGCGCAAUCCAAAGGAAGUUGAGAAAGAACAAUACUGGGAGUUCUAUAAGAAUACGUUUAAUGAGUUCUUGGAUCCAAUUGCUUAUACUCAUUUCAGCACAGAGGGAGAGGUGGAGUUUAGAAGUGUCCUUUAUAUACCUGGGAUGGCACCUCUGAAUAAUGAAGAUGUUGUGAACACAAAGACAAAGAACAUACGGAUGUAUGUCAAACGCGUGUUCAUUUCAGAUGAUUUUGAUGGAGAAUUGUUCCCAAGAUACCUGAGCUUUGUAAAAGGUGUGGUGGACUCUGAUGACCUCCCACUAAAUGUUUCUCGAGAAAUUCUACAGGAAAGCCGAAUUGUAAGGAUAAUGAGAAAGAGACUUGUUAGGAAAACAUUUGACAUGAUUCAAGAUCUGUCUGAAAGUGAGAACAAAGAGGGCUACAAAAAAUUCUGGGAGAAUUUCGGAAAAUUUUUGAAAUUAGGAUGUGUUGAAGACAGUGGGAAUCACAAGCGCAUUACACCAUUACUUCGUUUUUUUUCUUCCAAACAUGAAGAGGAGUUAAUCAGUCUAGAUAGUUAUGUUGAGAACAUGGCAGAGAAUCAGAAAGCUAUCUACUAUUUGGCCACUGACAGCUUAAAAAGUGCCAAGAAUGCUCCCUUUUUGGAGAAACUUGUCCAGAAGGAUAUUGAGGUUUUGUACCUUGUGGAACCAAUUGACGAAGUUGCUAUUCAGAAUCUACAGACAUACAAGGAAAAGAAGUUUGUUGAUAUAAGCAAGGAGGAUUUGGAGUUAGGUGAAGAGGAUGAGGUGAAAGAAAGAGAAACGAAGCAAGAAUACAAUCUCCUCUGUGAUUGGAUGAAGCAGCAGUUGGGAGAUAAAGUUGCAAAGGUGCAGGUUUCGAAGCGUCUGAGUUCAUCUCCUUGUGUUCUUGUCUCUGGCAAGUUUGGAUGGUCUGCAAACAUGGAAAGGUUGAUGAAAGCCCAAACUCUUGGGGACACCUCUAGUUUAGAGUUCAUGAGGGGAAGAAGGAUAUUGGAGAUCAAUACUGAUCACCCAAUUGUCAAAGACCUAAGUGCUGCAUGCAAGAACGCACCUGAGAGCGAUGAAGCCAAGAGAGCCGUGGAUCUGUUGUACGAGUCUGCUUUGAUCUCUAGUGGCUUCACUCCGGACAAUCCAGCUGAGUUGGGGAACAAGAUAUACGAGAUGAUGGCAAUGGCUCUUGGAGGAAGAUGGGGCAGAUCUGAUGAGGCACCCGAAGAAGAAGAGGCUUCUUCAAGGGACGACCCCUCGGGCCCACAGGAAAUCGUCGAGCCGUCUGAAGUAAGAACUGAGAGUGACCCUUGGAGUGAAUGAGCUGAGUGAGUGAUUCUCUUAUGUUUUUUCCCCUUAAUGGAGAGGAGUUUUGUAUUGUAACUUGUAAGGCUCUUCUUAUGGGUCACAAUCUCUCAUAGAUUUUAUGGGUGUAUUUGAGAUUAUUUUUUCCAAGUCUUUGUUUUUUUAUUGAAAUAUAUUGACAUUGACACCAUAAGUUGACACCACUAGUGAGUGUUUGGCAGAUAAUAAUUUUUGACAUUUAAU